CGGAAAAGAACUGAAGAACAACGGCAAUGGACGUCGUAGUAGAGAUUCUCUCCGGUGCGCACUUCUCCGGUUGGCAUCCUUCAACGACGUCGUCUUUUUCUCCAACUCCCUCCCAUCACCCCUUCGUAAUUGGGGUCGCUGGAGGUACGGCAUCGGGGAAGACCACAGUGUGUGACAUGAUCGUUCAACAAUUGCAAGAUCACAGAGUUGUGCUCGUUAAUCAGGAUUCAUUCUACCGUGGUUUGACAAACGAGGAGUUGAAACAUGUUCAUGAGUAUAAUUUUGAUCAUCCUGAUGCAUUUGAUACAGAGCAACUUUUUGAAACCCUCAGCAAGCUCAAAUCUGGACAGUCAGUUCAGGUUCCUAUAUAUGAUUUUAAACUCCAUCAGAGAUCCCCUGACAGAUCCCGACAGGUCAAUGCAUCUGAAGUAAUCAUUUUAGAGGGUAUAUUGGUUUUUCAUGAACAACGUGUCCGCAACAUGAUGGAUGUGAAGAUCUUUGUUGAUGCAGAUCCGGAUGUAAGGCUUGCUCGCAGAAUUAGACGUGAUACUGUUGAGAGGGGUAGAGACGUACACUCUGUACUGGAACAGUAUUCAAAAUUUGUUAAACCUGCCUUCGACGAUUUUAUUCUUCCAUCCAAAAAAUAUGCCGACAUCAUAAUACCACGUGGGGGAGAGAAUCACGUAGCUAUUGAUUUGAUUGUUCAACAUAUCCGCACUAAGCUUGGCCAACAUAACCUCUGCAAGAUAUAUCCAAAUUUGAAUGUUAUACAGUCUACCUUCCAGACUAGAGGCAUGCACACUCUUAUUCGUGACAGGGAAAUAUCAAAGCAUGACUUUGUUUUUUAUUCAGAUCGGCUACUUCGUUUGGUAGUGGAACAUGGUCUUGGUUACUUGCCAUUUACAGAGAAACAAGUUAUCACACCCACAGGAUCAAUUUAUGGUGGAGUUGAUUUUUGUAAGAAAUUGUGCGGAGUAUCUGUUAUUCGAAGUGGCGAAAGCAUGGAAAAUGCUUUGCGUGCAUGCUGUAAAGGGAUAAAAAUUGGAAAAAUUCUCAUCCAUCAUGAAGGUGAUGAAACCCAGCUUAUUUAUGAGAAGCUUCCAAAAGAUAUUGCAGAUAGACAUGUUCUUCUCAUGGAUCCAGUACUUGGUACAGGUAACUCUGCUAGCCAAGCAAUUGACCUUCUGAUAAAGAAGGGAGUUCCAGAUUCUCGGAUAAUAUUCCUCAACCUCAUAUCUGUAAGUUAUGCUCCUGAGGGAAUACACUGUGUAUGUAAACGUUUUCCGCACCUGAAAAUUGUCACUUCGGAGAUUGAAGAGGGACUAAAUGACCAGUUCCGUGUCAUACCAGGGUUAGGAGAAUUUGGUGACCGCUAUUUUGGUACAGACGACUCUUAGUAUGAAAGCAGAACAUGAGUUUCACGAGGGAAAAAUAUAGAUUAAAAGAUGUUAGAAAUUGUUACUAGGUGUAAUAUUGAUCUCACUGGUACACAUGCCUAAAAUCAUGAGUAACUACACCCCAAGGAAUGAGAAGUUUGGCUUAAUUAUCCAAUCCAAGCUUGAUCAGAAUCGGAUAUUACUUUAUAUUAUUUUACUAUCAUCCACAUUAGGUGGAAAAUAGAGAGACGAGGUGCAGAAUGGCUACACAAGAUUCAUCUCAACGUUCGUUAUUAUAAAGAAUCAUUUUAACCCAA